AUGACGGCCGUCGCCAGCCUGGCGGCGCCCAUAGUCUGGGCCUCAAAGUCGGUCAACGACUGGGCGCGGCGGCUCUGGCGAUGGUCCGGCCGGCACGCGUCGAAAGGCUAUGGCGAUUUCCGCGCGUCCGUCAUCCACGAGGAACGCGAUGCCGAGGUCGAUGUCCCGAGGACACAGCUGCCGCUCGACGCCACGCGCCGACUCAGGAUCAUCACCUAUGACUACGACAGCACAUUUUGGAGCCUCGAGUUUGUCACCAACCGCACCCUACUACACAAGGCCGGCAUCCUCAUACAGCGCCUCGCCGCGUUGCGCAAGGAUCGCGCAGCCCAGCGUCCCAUCGUCUUAGUGUGCCAUAGCCUCGGCGGCCUACUCGUCAAGAACGCGCUAGUCGUCGCGAGCGACUUGGCGGGCGAUUUGCAUCACGUCUACAGCUCAACUGCCGGUGUCGUUUUCUUGCCUCACUCUGGCUGUCCCACCGAUGUUGCAUCGGCGAUCGCGGCCGUUCUCAAAACGGUCGCCAGCAGCGCGCUCAACCAGAAGGAGCUAGAGGAUAGAACAAAAUCCUUAGCCUAUGUACUAGAACGCUUCAAGCCGCUGGCAGCAAAUAUUGACAUUCACGAUUUCCAGGAGAGUGGCAGCGUCUCCUUCGAGACCGAGCUAACCUCGUCUUUAGCACACCCCAUUGCACAGACAGUUUCUCGCCCUGGCUCAAAUCAUGCCAAACCACAACAAGAUGCCGAGCUAAUACGGCCGAUCCACAAGAGGCCACAAACUUGGCGCGACUUUGACCACAUCUGCAAGUUUUCCGGGCCUAGCGAUGAAGUUCUCGAGAAAAUCAUCCAGACCAUCAACCAAAUCACGGAGUGA